UCGUCCUCCCUCAGAUCCCAACUUACUACACACAUUACCAAAAUACCAAACCUCAAUUUUCCCCCACGAAGCAAAACUGAAACGAAAAGAAACCACCACUCAUCAAUCACAUUACAAAAACACCACACUUUCCCUCCCACUCACCGAUCUCCUUCACUUAAAAAAAACUCCAAAUUGUAAUGCCCCUCACUAAUACUUCCUGAGCCAUGGAUUCCCCACCUUCCCAACAACAGUGGGGAAGGUCACCCACCCUCUCCCACCUCCACCACAACCGAACCUCCUCAUCUUCCUCCUCCUCCCCUUCCCCUCUCUCCAAAUCCAAUUCCGACACCAUCCAAAGCCUCUCUUCCAUCCUCAACAACCCUCACUCCUCCGACGCCAACGCUUCCUGGGUUGGCUGGUGGUCCUCCUCCACCGCCGUCUCCCCUCCCGAAUUCGCUCCCAUCGCCUCCUCCAAAGCCGCCUCUGAUAUCACCCGAUCCGACUUCCAUGCCUACCUAUCCCCCAUCGCUGAGCCCUACCACCGCUUCGAGGACAUUAGGAACCACGCCAGCAAGGAGAUCGAUGACGUCGACGGCGGCAUCGGCGGCCAGGGGGAAGCACUCGUCGCGUGCCUCCGCGAGGUCCCUGCGCUUUAUUUCAAAGAGGAUUUCCGGCUGGAGGAUGGUGCUACGUUCCGUGCCGCGUGUCCCUUCUCUAACUUCUCCGAGAACCUCAUGCUGCAGGAGAAGCUCUCGCAGUACCUCGAUAUUGUGGAGCUUCACCUGGUGAAGGAGAUCUCGCUCCGCUCCACAUCGUUCUUCGAGGCGCAGGUGCAGUUGCAGGACCUCAACGCCAAGAUCGUGGAGGGUUGUUCCCGGAUUCGCCUGCUGAAGGAGACUAUUCGGCUCCUCGAUUCCGAUUUGGUCGACUCCGCUAGGCAGAUUCAGGAGCUCAAUGGCACCAGGACCAACCUCUUGGCGCUUCUGCAGAAAUUGAGGCUUAUAUUAUACGUCAAUCAAGCGGUGUCUGCUCUUAAAUUGCUUGUUGCAUCUGCAGAUUGUGCUGGAGCACUGGAUGUGACUGACGAUUUGCAACAUUUGCUGGAUGGAGAUGAGCUCACUGGUCUGCAUUGCUUUCGUCAUCUUAGAGAUCAUGUAAUAGGCUUUAUAGAAUCCAUAAACAGCAUUCUUACGGCAGAGUUUAUUCGAGCUUCGUUACACGAUGCUCAAGAAACAGAUGUAAUAAUUUUAUCCAAAGCUAAAGCAAGGGCUUCCCUUCCCAUGAAUGGAAAGGAUGAUGAAGUAAAGUUGGAGGAAGAAGAAACCACUAAUUUCAAAGAUAGUCUUCUUCCUACUGUUAUUGGAUUGCUUAGAACAGCUAAACUUCCCUCUGUUCUGAGAAUCUAUCGAGAUACACUGACUGCUGAUAUGAAGACUGCUAUUAAGACUGCUGUUGCCGAGUUGCUUCCUGUUCUUGCUGCUCGAGGUUCGGAGUCAGAGUUCUUUUCAGGAGACAGAGCAGUAGAUGCAGAUGGUGGAGGUGCAUCACUUGCUAGCAAGUUAAGGAGCCUAUCCUCGGAUUGCUUUGUACAUCUUCUGAGUGCUAUUUUCAUGAUAGUACAGGCACAUUUAGUGCGGGCUGCUGAAGUGAAGAAGGCCAAUGAAUGGAUUUUGAGCAACUGUGAUGGUCAUUAUGCUGCUGAUUCAGUUGCUGCUGCAAUUGCUCAUGGUGCUGCAGCUGCUGAAAUAUCCCACGAAAGUGAGAUUCAUGGUACUACAAUUUUGCCAUAUUCGCCGCAAAGAAAUGCUGCCAAGAGUCCUUCUUUUCAGGGAAAAGCAAUUGAUGCUGUGAGCUCCUCAAACAUGUCAAAAAAUUUCAGAGCUGAUGUAUUGCGAGAAAACGCAGAAGCUGUCUUUGCAGCAUGUGAUGCUGCUCAUGGAAGAUGGGCAAAGCUUCUUGGGGUCCGCGCUGUUCUCCAUCCUAGGUUGAAAUUGCAGGAGUUUCUAACCAUAUACAACAUCACCCAGGAGUUUAUUACUGCUACGGAAAAAAUCGGUGGAAGAUUGGGAUACAGCAUCCGUGGGACACUGCAGUCACAGGCCAAGGCUUUUGUUGAUUUUCAGCAUGAAUCUCGGAUGGCAAAAAUUAAGGCAGUGCUUGACCAGGAAACAUGGGUGGAGAUAGAUGUUCCUGAUGAAUUUCAAUCCAUUAUCAAUUUGCUUUUUUCAUCUGAUGCAUUGACUUCUGAGAAUCUUAAUGGCUCUGAGGAUGAUAUUUCAACGAGAUACAAUGAUGCGGUGACUAACAAUAAUGUUCUGCCGAUGGCAGACACUGGACAGCCAAAUGCUGAACAGCAAGUUGAGCAAAAUAAUUCCAUUGAAGCAUCUAUGAAUAGUGUGAUGGAACCAAAUAUAGCUCACAAUAAGAUUUCAACCGCACAGAGUAACAGUACUGAGAAAGACCAUAAAAAAUCUGUGUCUCAGUCUCUUUUCUACAAAGGUGUAGGUUAUCACAUGGUUAACUGUGGCAUAAUUUUGCUGAAGAUGUUGUCAGAGUACAUUGAUAUGAACAACCUUUUGCCAACACUAUCUUCCGAAGUUGUUCACCGUGUAGUAGAGAUCUUGAAGUUUUUCAACACUAGAACAUGUCAGCUUGUGCUUGGGGCUGGUGCUAUGCAGGUGUCUGGUUUGAAGUCCAUCACUUCUAAACACCUGGCGUUGGCAAGCCAAGUCAUUAGUUUUAUACAUGCUAUCAUUCCCGAAAUUCGGCAGAUUCUUUUUCUCAAAGUACCAGAGACUAGAAAAGCUUUACUGCUUUUAGAGAUUGAUCGAGUUGCUCAGGAUUAUAAAGUCCACAGAGAUGAAAUACAUACUAAAUUAGUUCAGAUAAUGCGAGAAAGAUUACUAGUCCAUUUACGGGGUUUGCCUCAAAUUGUUGAGAGUUGGAAUAGACCUGAGGAUGCUGACCCCCAGCCUAGUCAAUUUGCUCGUUCCCUUACGAAGGAAGUUGGAUACCUUCAACGUGUUCUUUCUCGAACUUUAAAUGAAGACGACGUUCAAGCAAUUUUCAGGCAAGUGGUCGUUAUAUUUCACUCACAAAUUUCAGAAGCAUUUUCAAGGUUUGAUAUAAGCACUUCUCAAGCACAGAAUAGGCUACAUCGGGACAUCAAACAUAUUCUUCAAUGCAUACGAUUAUUGCCAUCGGGUGAUUUGGGUAAAUCUGAUACCCCAAACUGGGGUCAGCUGGAUGAAUUCUUGGUGCAAAGAUUUGGGACUGAUGCUGUUCAGUAAACUGUAUUGUAAAGUAGCAACUCAAUUGUUUACGUGGGAAGGCUAACAUACUUUUGCAGGAUGUGGGGGUGAUUUAAACCUUCUUCACUCUAUGCGUUUUCGUGUAACACUAAGUUGAGGCCUUUGGUUGGUCUGGUAGAUAUACAAGGUAAUGUAUCAUUUGUGAGCAUUGUGCAGCCAUGAUCGGUCAUUUAACAGAAGUUUUGUAGCAGUCACUGUUGAUAUUCAAUUCUUGGUUUCUGGCUCCAUUAUUGUAAUGUUAAGCUGAAAUAGAUAUGAUUUAGUGAAUGAAUUAAGGUUUUUUUUUUUUUCCCUCGUCCCUAUCCUCCCCUUGGCUUCAGCCACGGAUAUCAAUGCAUCAAUGUGUACACAAUUCGAGAGAUCUAUAGUGAGAUUACCAAUUUGUGUGUUCUGUUCAAUUGCAUA